CGAAUCCAACAAGUUGUCAAUCACCUCAUGAAUCUAUUGGCAGCCACAGAUAACUACCUUGCACCCACUCCCUCUAACAUUUUUCCCCCAUGCAAUUUUUUCUCCUAUAAACUUCCCUUCCAAUAUCACAGAAUCACCACUCACUAGCCUAAUUAGCCUAUAGAUUGAACAAGAAUUAAACAUUUAGCCCCCAAGAAAAAAGAAAAAGCAAAAGAAAAGCAUUAAGAGAUGGUUAACCUAGUGGAAAUCCAGAAGCCAUUGAUGCAUGGCCUUAUGAAAAUGGCCGGAAUCGUGCCUCACUCCGUCCAAAUCGAGAAAGGCACAACAAUGAACAUUUGGGUCCCGAUCGAAACCAUCCCAAAGCCUAAAAAACCAUCCAAGAAAACCACAACCUCCAACAUUAAUGACUACAACAACACCAACCUUGAUGAUCACCACCUCAUCAUCAAACCUAAACCCGAAAAACCCGUCGUGGUACUGGUCCAUGGUUUCGCGGCCGAAGGGAUCGUGACGUGGCAGUUCCAGAUCGGAGCCUUGACUAAGAAAUACUCCGUCUACGUGCCGGACCUCCUGUUCUUCGGCGGCUCCAUCACGGAGAGUUCCGACAGGUCACCGACUUUUCAGGCGGAAUGUCUGGUGAAAGGGUUGAGGUUACUGGGGAUUGACAAGUGUGUGGUGGUGGGGUUUAGUUACGGCGGGAUGGUGGCGUUUAAGAUGGCGGAGAUGUACCCGGAGUUGGUUCAGGGUUUGGUGAUUUCGGGCUCCAUUCUGGCCAUGACGGAUUCUAUUAGUACGACGACGUUGAACAGCUUGGGGUUCUCGUCGUCGUCGGAGCUUUUGUUGCCGGACUCGGUGAAGGGUUUAAAGGCACUCCUCAAAGUUGCGGUUUACAAGAAGCUCUGGUUCCCGGAUCGGCUCCACAAGGACUUUCUCGAGGUGAUGUUCAACAACCGAAAGGAAAGAGCUGAACUGCUUGAAGCUUUAGUGGUUAGCAACAAGGAAGCUACCAUCCCCCACUUCUCCCAGAAAAUACAUCUUUUAUGGGGCGCGGAUGAUCAGAUUUUCAAUCUAGAGCUGGCUCAGAACAUGAAAGAACAACUGGGAGAUAAUGCGACAUUUCAGAGCAUCGAGAAGGCAGGCCACCUGGUUCACCUGGAGCGGCCUUGCGUCUACAACAAGUGUCUCAAGAAGUUGCUUUCUUCCCUGGUAGCAGAUGAACCACAAAAUUGAUUUCCUGCUCUGUACAUCAACUAUUAAGCCCUCCAAAUUUUCUUCUUUUUUUUUUUUUCUUCUUUCCCUUUCUUGGUUAUUACUUUGAUCUAAUAUUGUGAACUUGGUGGUGUAUCAUUGUUCGCCGAAAAGAUUGAACUGAAUUUGAGCAAUGGAUUCUUUGCAUAUGUUUUUGUUGUCCCUUAAUCCUGGCUCUGAUUUUAUCCCAUGUAGAAUGAUAUAUCUUUGAAAAUUUCUCGUGGUCAACUUUUGGCAUA